GCUCCGCUCUUGCUCAGCUCUCACAGCUCCGUGUGCCUGGCGCCGAGCUGGGGAGCGCUGCUGCUGGUCCUCGCAGCUAGAAGGGCUGCUGGUAGCACAGGGAGUACAGCCUGCCCGUGGGCAUGGGGGGGGUUGGGGGGGACAGAAAGCUGCCAAGCGAAUGUCUUUUCAGCCCUGAUGGUCGAGUCUGUUCGGAAAGCCGUAUAGCUGGAGCUUUUUCCUUGGUUAGAACGUUAAAUGCAAUAUAUUUAGGUGUGCAGCAGUAAAGCUGGUAUAAAAGAGCCAGCAAAUAAGAAGAAAGUUAAUAAGUUAAGCUUUGGACUCUAGAAAUUGUGAGGCUGGGCUCCGGUAUGUGCCUGUCAUUCAUGGAGCUUGCAAAUAAAAACUUCAUGUGCUCCUGUUAUUACUGUAGUUUCCCGUUUGUAACCUCCCCCCCUGCCAUUUACAGCAGCACUCAGUAAUAAAACCACUCUCAGUACUGUGGGAGCAGCAGAGAAGCAGAGGCAGCAUAGCCGCCCAGGCAGAGGGCUGGCUUUGGAGCAUCAGAUGACACCCUGCUGAGUAAAGGUGGCUCGUGGAUUUGCAACCAACAUAAUGCUGAAGCUCCUAAAUUGGAACAAGUGUUUCACAGAAUGGCACAAGCAGAACCUAAUCUGGACCAUGACAUAUCAUGGGUUCUCCUUCCGUCAUACUGGGCUAAAAUUGUUGUGGCAUUAAUUUCCUUCCUCUGUUUUGCUAACAGUUAUGAUGGAGAUUUUGUCUUUGAUGAUUCUGAGGCCAUCAUCAAUAAUAAGGACCUCAGGGCAGAAACCCCACUUGGUGACCUGUGGCAUCAUGACUUUUGGGGUAGCAAACUCAGCAGCAAUACCAGUCAUAAGUCGUAUCGACCACUGACUGUCCUGACUUUCAGAAUUAAUUACCUUUUUGCUGGAGGCUUCUACCCAGUUGGUUUCCAUGUCAUCAAUAUAAUACUGCAUUGUGUUAUCUCCGUGCUGAUGGUUGAUGUGUUCUCAAUAUUACUGGGUGGGCUGCAAUUCACUAAUAAAGGAAGAAGGCUAAACCUGGCUCCAAAGACAUCUCUUCUAGCUGCUUUGCUGUUUGCUGUGCAUCCAGUACACACCGAAUGUGUUGCAGGGAUUGUUGGCAGAGCAGACUUACUAUGUGCCCUGUUCUUUCUGUUGUCAUUCCUUGGCUACUGUAAAGCAUUUAGAGAAAAAGUGGUCUGCCUCAAAAUGAGAGAGGAAGCCAAUGAGCCAACGUCAGUAGAUCCUCAGACAGAUGAUAAGGAAGGACAUAAUUUUUCUGUGUUCUGGGUGCUGGUGAGUGUUCUCCUAGGUGCAGUAGCCAUGCUGUGCAAAGAACAAGGAAUUACGAUACUGGGUUUGAAUGCAGUGUUUGAUGCCAUGGUGAUUAACAAGCUAAAUGUUUUGGAGUUCAUUCAAAAGCUACUACGUAAGGACAAGUUACUGGAGAAUGCUGGGCUAUUAAGAAAGGGACUGCUUUUCAGGAUAACUCUUCUGAUGUCUGGAGGGGCUAGUAUACUUUAUGUCCGCUGGAGGAUUAUGGGCACAGGGCCACCGGCUUUUACUGAAGUAGACAACCCAGCUUCAUUUGCAGAUAGUCUGUUUGUGAGAGCUAUAAACUAUAAUUACUAUUAUUCAUUGAAUGCAUGGUUGCUGUUAUGUCCCUGGUGGCUGUGUUUUGAUUGGUCAAUGGGCUGCAUACCCCUCAUUAAAUCCGUCAGCGACUGGAGGAUAAUUGCACUAGCAGCACUUUGGUUCUGCCUAAUUGGCCUGAUAUGCCAAGCUCUGUGCUCAGAAGACAGCCAUAAGAGAAGAAUUCUUACACUGGGACUUGGAUUUCUUAUUAUCCCUUUUCUUCCUGCAAGUAACCUGUUCUUCCGUGUAGGAUUUGUUGUUGCAGAGAGAGUCAUCUACCUCCCCAGCAUUGGCUAUUGUAUUCUGUUUACAUACGGAUUUACUCUCUUGAGUAAGCAAGCCAAGAAAAAGAAAAUUCUUGCUGUCGCAGUACUUGGAAUCUUACUGAUAAACGUUAUGCGCUGUGCGCUCCGCAGCAGUCAGUGGAGGUCAGAAGAACAGCUUUUUAGGAGUGCACUGUCUGUGUGCCCUCUCAAUGCAAAAGUGCACUACAAUGUUGGCAAAAACCUGGCUGACAAGGGAAAUCAAAGUGCUGCAAUCAAAUACUACAGAGAAGCCGUAAGGUUGAAUCCUAAAUAUGUACAUGCCAUGAACAACCUUGGAAAUAUUCUGAAAGAAAGAAAUGAGCUCCAAGAAGCAGAGGAGUUGCUGUCCUUAGCUGUACAAAUACAACCUGAUUUUGCUGCUGCAUGGAUGAAUCUAGGAAUAGUACAGAACAGUUUAAGAAGGUUUGAAGAGGCAGAGCAAAGCUACUGGACAGCAAUUAAACACAGGAAAAAAUACCCAGAUUGUUACUACAAUUUAGGGCGGUUGUAUGCAGAUUUGAAUCGCCAUAUAGAUGCAUUGAAUGCAUGGAGGAAUGCUACAGUUCUGAAACCAGAGCAUAGUUUGGCUUGGAACAAUAUGAUUAUAUUACUUGAUAACACAGGCAAUCUAGCUCAAGCAGAAGCAGUUGGAAGAGAGGCCCUGGAGUUAAUACCUAAUGAUCAUUCCCUUAUGUUUUCUUUGGCAAAUGUACUGGGGAAAUCACAAAAAUAUAAGGAAUCUGAAGCUUUGUUCCUCAAGGCCAUUAAAGCCAAUCCAAAUGCUGCCAGUUAUCACGGUAAUUUGGCUGUGCUUUAUCAUCGCUGGGGAAAUCUUGACUUAGCAAAGAAGCACUAUGAAGUCUCUCUGAAGCUUGAUCCUAUGGCACCCGGGACCAAGGAAAACUACAACCUCUUAAGAAGAAAAUUGGAGCAAUUGCAAAAGAAAAGCGGUGCCUGAUGUUUCUUUUCAGGUUGUCCGUGCAUGCUGUUUACUGUUAAUGUUACAUGGUUACUUUUGACCAUGUAAAGGAUUCAGUCAUUGUUUCUCAAAAACACCACCACCAGCAAUGCACAUUUGAAUGUCCAAUUAUGCCCUCCUACAGAUUCUAACAUUUCAGUUGGAGUUUGGAGGAUCUUUUUAUUUUCUCCUGAACUGCUUUUAAAGUCCAUUAGAACACUUUUAUAGGUAUACGAAAGCGAUGCAGAUGGAUUCACAGCUGUGAAUAAAUAGCAAUAUUUGCUU